AUUUCUGCGCUUGGGCAAACCGAAUUUGCCCGACCGCGCACGAUCGAUGUUCGUUUUCCUAUUUCGGCGAUUGAAAAUUUAGGAAAAACGUUGUAAAAUCGCCCAAUUUUCCAUUUAAUUGUGUUUUUUACACACUGGGGCCAUGAAGACCGGUAUUAAAAUCGACUCGCAGGAGCAAAAAGAAAACGUGAAAAAUACGCGGAAAACGCUCAAAGUCUUGCAACAAGCGGCCACCAACAAGGAGAACCUGGCCGGUAGGAUCCUUGGCGACAAAGAAAAAACCUCAUUUGUUCGCCACAAAAUUCUGGAAGACAAGGCGGUGCAAACGGGUGAGAGCACGAUUACUGCCGAAGAUUUGACUUCGGAAGAGCCCAGUCCUGAUUACUGGAAGCGACUUGCAGAAAAGCGGGAGCAACUCCUCAAUGAGAGUUUUGAGGAGAAUGAGAGGCUCAGGCAGGCUGUUGAGGCCCUUCAGGAGGAGAAUAAGAUUUGCAAGGACAUGUUGGACGAGUCCAGACACUUAGUAGAAGUCCUUCAGGAAAUGUUGUGUGAUGGGGACGCUGACACGACUGAAGUUGCCGAAGAGGCGACUGAAGAAACCAAUUGAAAUAUUACCGUUUUUUUCUUUUUUAAUUGUCGCUAAUUUUAAGAUUAACAAAUAAACUUUUUAUAAAACAGA